GUGCCUAUCUACCUAAUCUGAGAGAACUGAAGUUGAACAAUAGCUUGCUUGUGUCUGUGAGGGAUCUUGGAACCACAUUGUCCCAUCUCCAUGUCCUGUGGAUGGCUUGCUGUGGGCUCUCAGAUUUAGAUGGGAUCUCUUCCUGCAGCUCUCUGAAAGAACUCUACAUAGCCUAUAACAAUAUCUCUGACCUGAGCCAGCUGACCUGGUUGGAUCACCUUGAGGUUUUGGACCUGGAAGGGAACAAUAUUGAGGACAUCAACCAGAUGCAGUACCUGGGACUUUGUUGCAAGCUGAGCUGCCUGACAGUGGAGGGCAACCUUAUUUGUCUGAAGCCAAACGCAGAGUCUACAGAGGAACCAGAUUAUAAUUACAGAGCUGAAAUAAAAAAACUCAUUCCCCACUUGGAGUAUUUGGACGAAAUACCAGCAAGCCAGACUGCUCUCCUUCCUUCCAAGAUGAUGUAUAAGGAUUGGCUGAUCAUCAAGGAAUCCAUCAAGGAACAUGGUUUAGCUGGAGACAUUUCAUGUUUAGGUAUGUCAGUAGCAAGGCAGUCUGGAUGCAGCCCAAGACCCCCAACAACUUCCAGACCUGGAACUACGCAGUGGUCAGCUAAUGCAGGGAGAUCUAGCAACACCCGCCUUUUGUACGGUGGCUGUCCUUUUUCGGAUCCCACUGUUUCUAAUGAGCUGUUCCCAGAAGAUGACUCCAGUGAUUUGACACAUGGACUCAGUCAAGUUAUAUGCGGGAACCCCACCAAGGCCCUUCGCGCAAGGAGGCAAAAGCUGGGUCCACCUGCAGUGAUCCCUUUGAAACUCUGCAGUAUGAGGAUGGAAAACUUCUACGGCUCUGGCAGAGGAGGAGACCUGCACCAGGAAGAUGUUUUCUCUAAACUGAGAGUACAGAGAGAGCAGCACGAGCGGUGCCUGCAAACAAAUCAGCAAGAAAAAGCCUCCCAUGCACUGAAGGUAACUCUUAGUGAUGAGGAAGAGGGUGAAGCCUGCAGCCUGACUGACAGCUAUGAAGAUGAGUUAAGGGAGACCUGUGAUGAGGACCUCAUUGAAAGGAUUUCUCUUGAUUCUUCUUGCCACUCCUGUCUCUCCCAGUCUUCCUCAGGUUCAUCACAGGCUCAGGAAGGUGCAGUGUUCUCCAGCCUGAACUGUUGUUUAAUUCCAUCCCCUCCAAAAAGCCCUUCACCUGCAUCUGUAAUGGGUGUUGCAGCAAGACCCUGGAAAACAAGGAACCACAGACGUCUAAAAAUACCCAGCCAAGAGGAGGACAGGCAGUGGACACAGCGAUGCCAGUCAAGGGCCCAUCAAGAAACUUCAGCCCAGCCUCUGGGCAAGGAACUUGCUCUCCGGAGCCAGCACAGUGUGCCAGCUGCCUCCAGAUCCCGAGGGCAGCCCCAGCCUGCUGGGACCAUCAGCCGACAAAGGCCUAUUUCAGGACCAGCAGCUGUUGGAUCAACAAGCAUCAGGCCUGUCAUGGAUGAGAGCCCUCCUGAAGAGAUCAACCACCACCAGCCAGCUGUCUGCACAUCCACAAAAGCCUCGGAGAGGUAUGGGCUGAUAAAUGCUGCUUGGCCCCUGACUGCAAGGGCAAAGCUGCAGUCUCUGCCAGACAGACCCACCUCAACAACAUCUCAGCACAAAAGUCCUCGGUCCUAG